CAGAAAAUUUAAUCAUCCUGUUCUGCCAAUGGUACACGCUGUGGCAGAGAGUAAUGGAAAUUAGAUACGGCAACAAGACAAUGUUGUUCGAAUUUCUUAGAUUAGUUUAAAGAUUUAUUAUUUAUUGUUCUCUGAGUGAUAAGCUUCGUUUCAUCAUGACUAUAAUAGAAUAUGUACAAACAUUAUCUGACAAUCCUUACUUCGGGGCAGGCUUUGGCCUCUUUGGGCUAGGAGCCGGAGCAGCUAUGUUGCGCAAAGGAAUGCAAGCAGGAAUGAUAUUGUUUAGGCGACAUUACAUGAUCACUUUGGAGGUUCCAUGUCGAGAUAAAAGUUACCAGUGGUUGUUACAAUGGAUCACGUAUAAGGGUGCAAGAAACACGAAACACCUGUCGGUUGAGACAAGUUUCGAGCAGAGAGAAACAGGUCACAUAAAAACUAAAUAUGAUUUCAUACCAAGUAUCGGAACUCAUUUCAUUAGGUACCAAGGGAAUUGGAUAAGAGUAGAGCGAACAAGAGAACAGCAGACAUUGGAUAUACAAAUGGGCAUACCAUGGGAAACUGUGCAAUUAACAGCAAUUGGGAGAGACAGAAACAUAUAUUUCAAUAUUUUGGAAGAAGCAAGACAAAUGGCUUUGAAACAACAUGAAGGCAAAACAAUAAUGUAUACUGCUAUGGGAAACGAGUGGAGGCAAUUUGGACAUCCAAGAAAACGGAGACCAAUAGAUUCGGUUGUGUUAGAUGUUGGUAUCGCCGACAGAAUAUUAACAGAUUGUCGAGAAUUCAUAGAUAAUUCUGCAUGGUAUAGUGAUCGCGGUAUUCCGUAUCGGCGAGGAUAUUUAUUGUACGGCCCUCCUGGUUGCGGUAAAUCGUCGUUCAUUACAGCACUAGCAGCAGAAUUGGAACGGGGUAUUUGCGUCUUAAAUCUAUCGGAACGCGGUUUAACGGAUGAUCGAUUAAAUCAUCUCUUAGCUCUGGCUCCGCAACAAAGUAUUAUACUUUUAGAAGAUAUUGAUGCUGCUUUUGCUAGUAGAGAAGAGAGUAAAGAAGUUAAAGCUGCAUACGAUGGUUUGAAUAGAGUAACGUUUAGUGGUUUGUUAAAUUGUUUGGAUGGUGUUGCUUCUACAGAAGCCAGAAUUUUGUUUAUGACGACUAACUACUUGGAAAGAUUAGACCCUGCACUAGUUAGGCCAGGACGAGUAGAUGUAAAAGAGUACAUAGGUUGGUGUAGCGCUACCCAAGUGGAACAAAUGUUUUUAAAAUUCUAUAAAAAUAACGUGAACGAGGCGAGUAAACUUGCCAAAAAGUUCGCCGAAGGUGUAUUAUCGCAAAAGAAAAACCAUCGUAUACGUAUAGAAGGUACAAAUGUUGCUUUCUACUGGUAAUCGAAUUGCAAGACGGUCUCUCGAAAAGCGCAUGUGCUGGUUUCUCAAUGAUCGAAUUCGAACCAGGUUAUGGUCGUCCUGCGACCGCAAGUACAUAGGUAGUUAUCCUAUGGGCCGCGCCGCCAGAUUAAUGGCAGCGGAACAAGGCACUUGAAUCAAGCCGGCCAACCGUAGAUGAGAUAGGAGACAGGAGGGUGUGUUGAGGGUGCCGUAACAUCCGCCAAUCAAAUCUGCGUUUAGGUGCGUUUAUACACCCUGGCCUAGAAACAAGGGCUUCGUCCCCGUCCUCUCCUUCGAGCGAUCGUUUCGUCUCGCGUUUCGUCCAAUGGUCCGACAACGAUGCCGAACGACGCGAAACGCAGGCAACAAGUAGGCUAAGAUCAUCGCGGUGGCUCGAUCCGCUCGGAGGUUGACGCGGAGGUAACGAAUCGUGGAAUUUCGAUUUGAAUUGGUGUCGAGAGCUUCCACACGUGUCGUCGCGGCUGCCGUACAUCUGUGUGUGGAGUGUACAGGGCCCGGUUUGCCGCGGUGCUUCAAGCGGAUUCGAUUCAGUCGCGCCCUCGCGUUUGCAGUUUCCCAGCGGGAGCACAGUGAGAGUAGGCUCUACGGCUCCGGCUUCGAGUAACGCGCGCCACUCGCUCGAGCAGAACCACCCCCGGCGGACCUGGUACUAAUCGAAUUCGUGCUCUGUCUCUCUCUCUCUCUCCCUCUCUCGCAGAGAUCCCAGAAAAAUCCGAAAAAACUCAGUAGUGUUCCUACCGCAGUCAGAUCUCGCCCUGCGCACAGCCGCUGUUCCUUUCCUUCCUAUCCGAUAUUGCAUUUUCGGACGGAAGAUCGAUCGCUCAUCAACCCCGACGAGAACCAAAA